CCACCAAAGCCGUGUGGUUGAGCGAAGUGAAUGACGUCUCUGCAUUUGCGGGCCGCCGACGCAGGGCUGGGUUUCCAUUUUCACAGCGAGUUUCGGGGGGGAUCGUCAACAUGGAGCCGGAGAUGGAGGACAAACCGUUGGAAUUGAUGUGCUCUGUGCCUCGCUCUCUCUGGCUGGGCUGCUCCUCGGUGGCUGAGAGUUUGUGUGCACUCAGGUGCCUGCAGAGCAUCCCCUCCACCCGGGCUCACAACCAGAACAUGUCAGGGAUGGAGUCCCAGAACCUCGACCACGAUCUGUCGCCAAAGAAGAACACAGUUCUCAAGCUUAAUAACGGCCCUGUCGUCGGGUCCCGCAAGCGGCCGUCAGAGGGGAACUACGAGAAAGAGAAGGAACACUGCAUCGCCCUGUUUGACCAGUGGUCGGAGGCCGACCAGGUGGAGUUUGUCGAGCGCCUGAUCUCCCGUAUGUGCCACUACCAGCACGGCCACAUCAACUCCUACCUCAAACCCAUGCUGCAGAGGGACUUUAUCACUGCGCUGCCAGCCCAAGGCUUGGAUCACAUAGCGGAGAACAUCCUCUCUUUCCUGGAUGCGCGCUCGCUGUGCUCAGCAGAGCUGGUGUGUAAGGAGUGGCAGAGGGUCAUCUCUGAGGGUAUGUUAUGGAAGAAGCUCAUCGAACGCAUGGUCCGCACUGACCCGCUUUGGAAAGGCCUGUCCGAGAGACACCAGUGGGAGAAAUAUUUGUUCAAGAACCGCACGUCAGAAGUCCCACCCAACUCCUACUACCACUCCCUUUAUCCCAAGAUCAUCCAAGACAUAGAGACUAUUGAGGCAAAUUGGCGGUGUGGCAGACACAACUUGCAGCGGAUUCAGUGUCGCUCAGAAAACAGUAAAGGGGUUUACUGUCUCCAGUACGAUGACGACAAGAUCAUCAGUGGCCUUAGGGACAAUUCCAUCAAGAUCUGGGAUAAGCAGUCUCUGGAGUGUCUGAAGAUACUGACCGGUCACACGGGAUCAGUGUUGUGUCUCCAGUAUGACGAGAGGGUCAUCGUCACCGGCUCCUCUGACUCGACUGUCAGGGUGUGGGAGGUCACUACGGGUGAGGUACUGAACACGCUGAUCCACCACAACGAGGCGGUUCUUCACCUACGCUUCGCCAACGGAUUGAUGGUCACCUGCUCCAAGGACCGCUCGAUCGCCGUCUGGGACAUGGCCUCCCCGACUGACAUCAGCCUACGCCGCGUCCUCGUGGGACACCGGGCUGCUGUCAAUGUGGUCGACUUUGAUGACAAAUACAUUGUGUCCGCCUCAGGGGACCGUACCAUAAAGGUAUGGAGCACAAGUACCUGUGAGUUUGUGCGCACACUAAAUGGUCAUAAGAGAGGCAUCGCCUGUCUACAGUACAGAGAUCGCCUGGUGGUCAGCGGCUCAUCGGACAACACAAUCCGGUUAUGGGAUAUAGAGUGUGGGGCAUGUUUGCGAGUGCUGGAAGGUCACGAGGAGCUGGUGCGUUGCAUUCGCUUUGACAAUAAAAGGAUUGUCAGCGGUGCCUACGACGGCAAGAUCAAGGUGUGGGACCUGCAGGCAGCCCUGGACCCAAGAGCCCCAGCCAGCACAUUAUGUCUGCGCACUCUAGUGGAGCACUCUGGCCGCGUGUUUCGUCUCCAGUUUGAUGAGUUUCAGAUCAUCAGCAGUUCUCACGACGAUACCAUCCUGAUCUGGGACUUCCUGAACGUCUCGACUAAUGGCCAGUCGGAGGGACGGUCUCCCUCCCGCACCUACACUUACAUUUCUAGAUAGCAGGUACAAAGAUCCCACACGUUCACAUUUAGCUUAAAUAGCCACCGUCCAUCACACACGAGUGUGUAUGUGUGCAUAGUUAGAGAAUCCUGUUGAUGCCUGCUGAGAAGACCCUGGUGUGAUUGUAGACUCU